AUGGUAGAAUAUCAAGUGGACAAGUGUCUAAAAGAGAAUCACUAUGGACAUUUACUUUGUAUCUUAAAGUAUGGACCCUCGCCUGCGAGAUCACUAGAAGUCAUUGAAAACAUGAAACGACACAACUUGGUUCUGCCAACAAACUAUCACCUGUCACAAGUACUCUUUGCCAUGAGUCGGAAUGGUCUAGGGAAGAUGGCUUGUUGGUUUAUGAAAACUAUACCACAUCCAACAGCGAAUCACUACCAUUCUUUAGUUGUUGCAGUGAGAAACAGUCAAUGCGUUGAUUCAAAAUUGCUGGAAGAGACAAUAUCACUCAUGUUAAAAGGGAUGAAGAAAAAUCAUGUCAUCCUGGACAAAUCAACUUUAUCCUUAGUGGCAUCCUUGCUGGCAAAAGAUCUAAAGAUCGACUUGGCUGUUGAUCUCAUCAAGGUGCGAGAUCAAGUGGCGCAAGCCAAGAAUCAGAAAAAAAAGAGGCCGUUGAAUGUAUACAUUUACACGUCGCUGAUAGCUGGAUGUGCGCGGAAAGGAGAUAGUAGAGAAGCAAAAGAGCUGUAUGCAGAAAUGAAGAGACAUGAUAUAAAACCAACCCAGGCAACAUAUACCGCAUUGAUGGAAGCUUAUGGACGAGCAGGUGAUUUUGCAUCCGCUAUUCGCCUGUUGACAGGCUAUCAUAGCAAACACAAACAGUUACCCAACAGUAUGGUUACAUCGCUCUUGAUCAACGCCCUUCGACAUGAUAAUUUGGCGGUGGCCGAAAAUGCGCUAAAGUUUAUGUCUAACAAAGAAUAUCGACUUGCAGACACGGAUGGACUACUUAGAGCAGCCAUUUUAUGGUUCAAGACAAGGCGAGAUGUGGAUGCUGCACGACAGUACUUUAAUGACUUGUACAUGAAUGAUAAAAGGUUUGUCAACAGUGUUAUGGUGAAUCAUCUCAUAAAGGGAUAUGGUCGAAGAGGCGAUAAGCCAAAUGUACUGGAUGCCGUGCAACAACGAUUUAAUUUGGCGAAUCCUCAGACGACAGAAGAGAAGCGUAGAACCAACCAUUAUUUAAUAAAUGCUUUGUUUCACUGUCGUGAUGUGCCGGCAGCUCUUGGUGUAUUUAUUGCUAUGCGAAAUGAAGCUGUACCAGAUCAAGUGACUAUGGCCAUGAUCAUCAAGGGCCUGAUAGCAAAUAAUGAAGCGGACCUGGCGUGGAGACUGUUCAAGACACUACAAAAAAAUGGAAGAGAACCCAAUUUAUAUGCAUAUACCAGUAUUUUGCAAUCAUUAGCAGACAGAAACUUUCCACAAAAAAAGGAGAGCAAUGCACAGUUGAAUAGCAUAGAUCCGAAAUUACUAAAGUUUGCCGGAAUUGAAUCAAGCAAGCUUGAUUUCCAGCAUUCACCUGUACCAGUGACGACUGAAGCACUCAUUCUCUUUCGUCGCUUGACUGGUUUUUAUCAGCCCAAUGUUUAUAUUUAUACCACACUUAUUUCAUGUUUUGCAACCAAGAACAUUUACCAAGCCAUCAACAUAUUUGAACAUAUGUGCUCCAAUCAAGUGAAACCCACGGUCGUGACAUACACUGCACUUUUACAAGGUUGUGCCAUCUUUAGGAAGUCUGAUUUAGCCAUAAAGGUGUUUAACCACAUGUGUGAUAAUCAAGUAGAACCUAAUGAAACCACUUGGCGUUACUUAUUAAAGAGUCUGGUACGAUCUCAUGUAGAUAAAAAGCAAAUAGACAAGAUUGGUCAAGUUGCCAGAAUGGCAAUAAAAAGACAAUAA